AUGCCCGCGAAGACUAUGCACAAGGAGGCAAUGGUGGUGGUGGACAACAGCAGAACCAAGGAUCCGGAGGAAACACCAACCCAGGUGGGCAGGUCUUCAAGGCCCGUACUGACCAGUCCUGCUACCUGGGACCAUA